AUGCAUUAUUAUUUCAGGAGGUUCGCGGUGAAUACGAAAAAGAAAACAAAAAUAUCACAACUUUAAUUGAAAAAUUACAUAAAAAAGAAAAGAAACGAUUAUUAAAUGAAUUUAUUGAUAGUGAUCUAAAACAAUGGAAUGUAAUAGGAGUAGAACUAAAAGAUUCAAUCGAAUCUUUCAUAAAGGCAUCAAAACAAUUACAAAGUUAUCAUAAUUUAAAGGAUUCAACGAAUGAUUGGCUUAAAAGUAAGAUCGAAUCGCUUGAAACGUCGGAUGAUGUUUCUGGUGACACAACGAAAUGUUUUGAAAAACAAAAACAAAUUAUUGAAGAAUUACGUAAUAUGAUAACAAAUAUUAGUGAAACGAUUGGUCUUAGUUCAGACGACAUACCAUUAACUGUUGAAGUAGAAGAACUAAACGUGAAACUUGAAAAAGUUCAAAAGAUUAUUAUCGCACUAGGAGACGUUUCAGACAAAAAAAAUAAGAUUUCACACGAUGUCGAACAUGCAAAGCAGCUCUUGCACGAUAUUGAAAAAAGUUCAACAAAAAAUAUAGAAAUAAACAAUGAAAGUCUUGAGGAAUUAAGAACCAAGCUAAUGAAUUUAAGCGACUCUAAAAAAGCUAUAGACAAAUCUUUAGAUCGAGAUAUUUUUGACACUCCUUUAAAUGUAAUACGAUCAAACUCAAUAGUAGAAGUAUUCCAGCAUUGGCAACAAAUAUUCAAAGAGACUUUUGAGCAAUACCGUAGACUUUCAUGCUCUUUACUAGAAAACGAAAAUAAUAACUCAGUACUAGAGUUAUGGCACGAUUAUCUUAUGUAUGUACAAGAGUUUUUAAAUUCUCCUAUGCCUGGUGACUAUCACUCAUUAACUAACCAUGAACGACUUUGCCAAGUNACAUUAACUAACCAUGAACGACUUUGCCAAGUUCAUCAAGAAGUUCUCAACAGUCAACUUGAUAACUUAACAACAUUU